AUGUUCCAGUACUUGGUUUUCUGCAUUUACUUUGUUGUUCAGCUCCAGCCGGUGUCUUUGAUGGCCCUGGACCCCUGCUCCGCCUACAUCAGCCUGAACGAGCCCUGGAGGAACACGGAGCACCGCAUCAACGCCUCUCAGCAGCCCACGUGCGACAGCGGCAUCGACGGCGAGUGGUACCGCUUCACGGGCAUGGCGGGCGACGCCAUGCCCACCUUCUGCAUCCCCGAGAACCACUGCGGCACCCACGCCCCCCUCUGGAUGAACGGCAGCCACCCGCGCCCGGCCGACGGCGUGGUGAGGCGCCAGGCCUGCGCCAGCUUUAGCGGCAACUGCUGCCUCUGGAACGCCAGCAUCGAGGUCAAGGCCUGCCCGGGGGGGUACUUCGUGUACCACCUCAGCAAGCCCAGCGUCUGCUUCCACGCCUACUGCGGGCAUUUUUAUGACAUCUGUGAUGUGGUGGAUUGCCAGGACUCCUGCCUGGACACCAGUGACUGCACGUGUUCCCCGGGUACGACACUCGGACCUGAUGGCCAGACAUGCCUUGAUGAAAAUGAGUGUGAGCAGAACAACGGGGGCUGCAGCGAGUUCUGCGUUAACCUGAAGAAUUCCUUCCGCUGCGAGUGCGGGGUCGGCCGCACGCUGGGCAGUGAUGGCAAAACCUGUGAAGAAAUUGAAGGCUGUCACAAUAACAACGGAGGCUGCAGCCAUACCUGCAUUGAAGUGGAAGGCACCUACCAGUGUGAAUGCCCCAGGGGACUUGUUCUGGCCGAAGACAACCACACUUGCCAGGUUCCAGUGCUGUGCAAGUCCAGCUCUAUUGAGGUGAACAUCCCAAAGGACCUGGUUGGAGGCCUGGACCUUUCCCUCAUCAACACUUCAUGCAAAGGCGUGUCCAAUGGCACUCAUGUCAACAUCCAUUUCUCCCUGAAGUCCUGUGGAACCGUUGUAGAUGUAAUCAAUGACAAAAUCAUUGCCACCAACCUGGUGACUGGCUUGCCCAAGCAGACCCCGGGGAGCAACGGGGACAUCAUUGUGCGCACCAGCAAGCUGCUGAUCCCGGUGACCUGCGAGUUCCCGCGCCGCUACACCAUCUCCGAGGGCUACGUGCCCAACCUCAAGAACUCUCCCCUGGAAAUCAUGAGCCGCAGCCAGGGCGUCUUCCCCUUCACCCUGGAGAUCUUCAAGGACAAGGACUUUGAUGAGCCCUACAGGGGUGACCUUCCCACCCUCAAGCUAAGGGACUCCCUGUACUUUGGGAUUGAGCCCCUGGUGCACGUCAGUGGGCUGGAGACGCUGGUGGAGAGCUGCUUUGCCACCCCCACCUCCAAAAUUGACGAGAUCCUGAAAUACUACCUGAUUCAAGAUGGCUGUGUUUCUGAUGAUUCCGUGAAGCAGUACACGUCAAAGGACCAUCUUGCCAAGCACUUCCAGGUUCCUGUGUUCAAGUUUGUGGGCAAAGACAACAAGGAGGUGUUCCUGCACUGCCGCAUCCUGGUGUGCGGGGCGCUGGACGAGACCUCGCGCUGCGCCCAGGGCUGCCGGAGACGCGUGCGCCGGUCGGCCGGGCAGCGGGACGAGCAGCAGGACGAGGAACCUGUUCACGUGGCAAACCACCUCCUGACAGGAGGCCCCAUCAGGAUCGACUUUGAGGACUGACACCCACCCUCUGGAACAGCAUCCCUGGCCUUCCUUAUCACUGCCUUCUCUUGUGGUUGUUUGAGAAACCAGAGGUAUUUGUUAAAGCCCCGCUUGAACCUCAGGACUGAUUUC